AUGCACUCGGCCGGCUCUGCGAUGUCUAGCGAAGCCGAGGACGCGGCGCCCUUCCGCCGGAGUGCGUCGUCUCGCGUGCGCGGCGGGGAGAAAGAAGAAGGCUGCUUCGGGCACGAAGAAGCGCUCGCUGAAGGCCUGCGGCAGUCGAAGAAAGCGGUGCUAUCGCGAAAGCGACGGCGCCACGAAGAGCGGAAACAGAGGAAGCAAGUGCAUAAGGAAAAGCAGAAACUGUGGAAACUGGAGAGGCAGAAAGAGCUGCUCGAGCGGCAGAUGAACCAACAAAAAGCCGCCAUUUCGGGCCUUCUCCACGCCUCGGGGAAAGGUGCAGGUGUACGUACACCUCCUCACCGCGCGGAUGCGCAAGCAAACGAUGAGAAUAGCGCAUCGACUUCAGAGGACGACGCCGCGCCGCGCGUUGCUUUCGGGAAGAAGCGAAAGCUUGCGACAGACGCGUCUCCCUCCUUCUCGGAAGCGGCCUCGUCUCGUUCCGCAGUGGACGUUCGCGGCAGCGUGCAGGCUGCACUGCUGGCGAACGCGAAAGUGGGAGCGAAGACGCGCGCCGGCGGUCUACCAGACGAGACUUUGCCGUUUUCUGCGUCGCUCGCGACGUCAAGCGAGCGGUGGAAGGCCGAGGAAAAGCGCCAGGCUCUGGAUGCGGCGGGUCGGCAGCUGGACGCGGAGCUUGCCUUCCUCGAGGCGAAGCUGGGGCUCUCGAAGGGGAAGAAAGACGGAGAAAAGAAGAAGAGACUCGUUCAGGAACUCAUCGACGACGGAUUCGAUGAAGAGCUCCAGGGCCUCCUGGACGACAUCUUGGGCGGCAACCUGGGCGAGAGGGGGGAGAAGAAACGCUCUAAAAACAUGCCAACAGAAGACCUAGAGGAACGGGAAGAUGAAGACGAAGAAGAAGAGGACGAAGAGGACGAAGAUGAGGGUGAAGAAAAAGGUGAGGAGGAAGAGGACGAAGGUGAGGGUGAAGAAGGAGGUGAUGGAGAAGACGAAAAAGUGGAGGAAGAAGAGGAAGGAGAGGAUGACGACGAUGAAGAAGAGGAAGAAGAGGAAGAAAUUGAUGACGACGAUGAAGAAGAGGAGGAAAAGGAAGAGGAAGAAGAGGAUGACGGCGAUGAAGAAGAGGAGGAAAAUCAGGAGGAAGAGGAAGAAGAAGAAAAAGAGGAGGAAGAUGAAGAAGAAGACGAUGUUGAGGAGACUCGAGGCGGCGCAGCGAAGCAUGGCUCUCUUUCUUCUCGCACCUCAGCUGCGCCUGAGGGGAAGUAUCUGCCGCCUCAUCUUCGCCGUCAGCAGGAGGAGCUGCCCCCGGGCGACGGCGGCGAAGAGGAGGGCGAAGAGGAAGACAGCGAGUCUGAGAGCGACGCGUGUUCCACGCGGGGACGCUCUACAUUGACGCAAGCGUCCCCCACUGCAUCUGCGGUGUCUGCGCAAUCCAAGAAGCUCACCAACGCGGCGUUUUCCUCCGCUCUCUCGCAGGGGUUUGUUCAGACCGAAACUCGAAAGGCGCGAGACGCCGGUCGCGCCAUUACGCAGCGUCUCCGCGGCCUUCUCAACCGCGUCUCUGAAGGAAACGUCGAGGUCAUUCUUCAGCAGAUCUCCGGGGUCAUCAAAGAUGCGCUCGCCCAAGUUCUCGCGUCUGCGCUUCCGCAGGCGAGUGCGGCUUCGUGCGCAUGGACGCCGAAGGACGUGCGGAACUUCCGGCAGGCGCAGGAGUUUGCGUUCUUUCGCGAAAUGAACGCGGCGCUCGUUGGGCUGCUCACGCAGAGCAUGAUUGAGUCUCGCUUUUCGACCGCGUCGCUCAUCGCCACGCAGACCGCGCUCUGCUGCGGCCUGAGCGCUCUCUUCGACGGCGCGCUGUGCCGCGAGUUCCUCUUUGCCCUCGGGCGCGCCUUUCGCAAGUUUUUCCCGCGCGCAGUGGCCUCCGAGUCGCGGCUGGCGACCUCUGGCGACGUCGAGGACGCGGCGGGUGAGCCCGUCGAGUUCUACGUGCGCCACCUGCUCACAGCAUUUUGCUUCCUCUUCGACUUUGACGUCUUCGAGCCUGCGGUAUUCCUCGGGAUGCUCCAGCGCCUCUCAGAGCGCCCGCCAGGCGCCGACGCCGCGGGCCUCGGCGAAUUCCAAGUCGAGUGCCUCUUGCUGGUGCUGCGUCUGGGCGGCGGCAAGCUGCGAAACGAAAACCCUGCGCUCUUCAAAGAGGCUUGGGCCUCCCUGAUGAAGCGCAUGCGCGAGGGGGAGGCCGACGCCGCCGGCGCGCUGCCCGCAGCCGCAGAGGCGCAGGAGGGGGGGGACGCGACCCCCGACGACGGCCGAAGCCGCGCGGAACUGAAGGCGAAACUCGCCACGCGGACUGCGCAGACCUUCAGCGAAGAAAUGCGCAGGAGACGCGAACAGGAGCUGGAGAACGAAAGCAACAAAGGCCGUCUGCAUUACCUCGUGCGCGAGCUGGAGGAGCUGAAGAACAACAAAACAAGCACCAUCCACCUCGCCUCGCGGGCCUCGCAGGAAGCAAUGAGGCGCUGGCUGCAGACGAGCGCGUUGCUGUCGCAGUCCCCGUGGCGGCAGUGCGCAGGCAGGAGCGUCCUCGUGAGCGUCGCCUCGUGGAAGGAGCUUGAGGAAGGCGCGCCAGCCGCUGGAUCUUCGCCCUCAGCGGCGCAGUUUCGCUCGGCAACCAGGACUGUCUCUGGCCCGGCGGAGCGAGUCGACGUCGCCAAACAGCUCGGGGUAAAAGGCGCGACUGACGAGCGGAAACUUUUAGAAAUUGCGACGAAGCUGCGCUUGCACUCAGAGGAACAGAAGAAGAUCUUCGUGGCGCUGAUGUCUGCGAACGGCCUUAAGGACGCCGUCAGCCGUCUGCUGCGGAUUAUGCCUCGCACGAAGCAAAGGAAGACUUUUGCCACGACUGCCGUCGCGGUUGUGCUCCACGUGGCACUUCAGGAGGCGGUCUUUAAUCCGUUCUACGCCCUGCUGCUCGCGUGCCUCUGCGCGCGCUGCUCCUGCGCAGCCUGGGUCGCCGCGCCGAAGGAGGCAGACAGCGCCAAGCCGCCGCUGGCGUCGCCGUUUGCGUCGCUCAGCCCGACGCAGCGCGGCGCGCGGAACUCUGGCGCAGGCGCGGAGAUCCGCGAGGGCUGCAGCUGUUUCCUGCUCCCCGAGAAGGAGGGCAAGAACUUCAGACGCAUUGUGCAGCGCGGCCUGGCGGCGCAGAACUCCGCCGCCCACGGCUUUUCACUCCGCCGGCUCCUGCAUCUCGCGCGGCUCGAGGCCUUUCUGAUUCGCGUGGGCGUCGUUGAGCUCCGUCUGGCGCGGUUCAUCAACUUCGAGGGCGAGACAGGGAAGGCUGGGGGGCAGAUGCCGCUCACGGGGAAGCUCGGCUUCUUUCUCAAAGAGCUGUGCGUGCAGCUCCUGUGUUUGCCUCAGUUCGCGUCUGUGCCGCUGCCGGCGCCGACCUCAACGUCUUACUCGCCGCUGUUCGCCUUUCUCUCUCUCUCGGCGCUACCGGAUGUGCGCGAGGCAUUUCUCGUCAUUCUUGAAGACGUGCUGCUGGCGGAGGCGCGCGCGGCUGAGAAGGGCGCGCGGAAAACCCCACAGAGCGCGAGUGGUGACUGCCAGGCAGGGAAGAAGGGCAAAUGCGCGCGAGUCCCUGGUGGUGUAUGUACACCGCUCUGCGGCCUGCGCGAGGAGACAGUCACGCGCGUGAUUCGAUUCAUGCAGAAGCAGAAGCGAUUUGAAGACGACGAGGACGAACAAGCCUACUUUGAGCCGUGA